AUAAAAUAUGUAACUAUCAAAGUCAAUGUCAUUGAAAGUGGACAUUGUAAGCGUUGAAAGUGUUAUUUAACUAAUUAUUAUUCUGGUGGAUUGUCCAUUAUAAAGUUAAAAUACGCUAAAAGAAUUGGGCAAUGAGUGAAAAAGAUUAUUAUGAAGUUCUCGGAUGUCAUGAAGAAGCAUCUCACGAGGACAUAAAACGUGUUUAUCGCGAGCAAGCUUUGAAGAAUCACCCGGAUAAAAUGAAAGAUUCCAAACAAAGUGCCGAGAAAUUUCAUCAAAUCCAGGAAGCCUGGGAAAUUUUGGGUGACUCUGACAGCAGGAGAAUAUACGAUGCAGAACGUAAGCAAGCUCAAUUGGAAGCGGAAAGCAUUCUCUUGUUUGCGAGAAUAACUUCCGAUGAACUUUAUUCUAAAAAUGGAAGUUUUGCCUAUCAGUGCCGAUGCGGCAGUGAAUAUAUCGUUGACAAAAAGGACUUGGAGAUUUACGAACAAUUAACAGUAGCGUGUGACGAAUGCACGUUUUCUAUUUUUAUUGAAGUUAAUAAAACAACGAAUCUAACCUCUCAAGAUUCCACUGGAACGUGACUUUAUUGUGAAAUUGAAUUCUUCAAAAGGAAGUGACGAAUUUUUAUCUAUUCUUUUAGUUAGUGGUUAUAAUUGUAUCCUGUGGUGUACAUAGAAUAUUUUGUAAUAAAAACUCAUGUUUAUAC